CACGAGGGCUCAGCUUACAGGCAACUCUGAGGAUAAAUAGCCCCGGAGGAGCUACUUCUCCUGACCCUCCUGUCCUCACCAUGGGGGGCUCUGCUCUCUGCCUGGUGGCCGUGUUUGCUUUCUACUUCCCGGCUGUUUCUCACAGCCAACUCUACUCCCUGAUCACGCCCAACGUCCUGCGGGUGGAGAGUGAAGAGAAGGUCGUGGUGGAAGCCCAUGGCCUCAAUGCCCCAGUUGCGGUUACAGUCAUCGUGCAGGACUUCCCGCUUAAGAAAAACAUCUUAUACCAGGUCCAAAUCGACCUCAACCCUGCGAAUGGGAUGAUGGGCACAGCCGUAAUAAAGGUUCCCACCAAAGACAUAAAGAAAGAUUCCAGACAAAACCAGUAUGUUGUAGUCAAGGCUACGUUCCCUCAGCAAACCCUGGAGAAAGUGGUUCUGGUCCAUUUCCACAGUGGAUACAUCUUUAUCCAGACGGAUAAAACCAUCUAUACACCCGGGUCUACAGUCCUCUACCGGAUCUUCACCGUGGGUCACAAACUGGAACCGGUGUCUAAGACAGUGAUCGUGGAGUUUGAGACCCCUGAGUCCAUUAUUGUCAAGCAGAUUCCCAUCUCCGCCCCCUUGAAAUCAGGCAUCUUCUCCCUGAGCCACCCCUUGCCGGACAUUAUCAGCCUGGGAACCUGGAAGAUCACGGCCAAGUACGAAGACUCCCCUCAGCAGACCUUCAGUGCGCAAUUUGAUGUUAAGGAGUACGUGUUGCCGAGUUUCGAAGUCAUAUUGGAACCGUCUGAGAAGUUUUUAUACAUCGAUAGCAAUGAAGACUUCAGGGUUUCUAUCACUGCGAGAUACCUAUAUGGGAAAAAACUUGAUGGCAAUGCCUUUGUCCUCUUUGGGGUGAAGAUGGAUGAUGAGAAGAGGAGUAUCCCGCAGUCUCUCAAGAGAAUCUCGAUAGAUGAUGGAGAUGGGGAAGCAACGCUGACCAGAGAGAUGCUGCGGGCUCGGUUUGCCAACCUGAACGAACUGGUUGGCCACUCGCUCUACGUCUCUGUCACCGUUUUGACAGAAUCUGGCAGUGACAUGGUGGAAGCGGAGAGAACUGGAAUUAACAUUGUGACAUCUCCCUAUCAGAUCCACUUCACAAAAACACCCAAGUACUUCAAGCCGGGGAUGCCCUUUGAACUCAUGGUCUAUGUCACAAACCCCGAUGGCUCUCCAGCCCCCCGUGUCCCAGUACAGGCUGAAGGAUUCCAGUCGGCUGGGUCGACCCAGGGAGAUGGAACUGCCAAGCUGAUUAUAAACAUGCCCGGGGAUAGGCAGCAGGUUCCCAUCACGGUAAAAACUGCCCAUCCCAACCUCCCAGCAAACCGCCAGGCCUCUAAGUCCAUGGUGGCUGAAGCCUAUCAGUCCCAAGGAGGGUCUCAAAACUAUCUCCAUCUGGCGGUGACGGCUUCUGACCUCAAACCUGGAGACAACUUACCUGUGAAUUUUCAUCUGAAGAGCAACAAUCCAGCUGUUCUGAACCAGAUCAAGUAUUUCACCUACAUAAUCCUGAAUAAAGGGAAGAUCAUUCGUGUAGGGAGACAGGACAGGCAGGUGGGACAAAAUCUGGUGACCAUGUCCCUGCCCAUCACUCCAGACCUCGUCCCUUCAUUCCGCAUCGUGGCUUACUACCAAGUAGGAAAUUCGGAGAUUGUAGCAGACUCGGUCUGGCUGGACAUCCAGGACACUUGCAUGGGAACGCUAGUGGUGAAAGGAGCCAGCAACGAAGACAGGAGAAUCCAUGAGCCGGGAACUCCAAUGAAACUCAAGCUGGAAGGAGACCACAAAGCUUAUGUCGGCCUGGUUGCCGUGGACAAAGGGGUCUACGUUCUGAACAAAAAACACAAAAUUACACAAUCUAAGAUCUGGGACUCCGUGGAGAAGAGUGACAUUGGAUGUACGGCUGGCAGUGGAAAGAACAAUCUGGGGGUAUUUACGGAUGCUGGACUGGCCCUGGAGACGAGCAAUAGGAUUUCCACAGCCCAGAGAACAGAUCCAGAGUGUCCCCAGCCAGCAAAACGCCGGCGUCGCUCCGUUCAGCUCAUUGAAUAUAAGGCAAUCAAAACGGCAGAUUACCAGGACCGGAAGCAGAAGAAAUGCUGUGAAGAUGGGAUGCACGAGAACCCCAUGGGGCACAGCUGCGAGAAGCGGGCUGGGUACAUCCUGGAUACGGAUGAAUGCAAGAAGACCUUCCUCGAUUGCUGCAAUUAUAUCAAGACCAUACGGGACAAGCUGCAACGGGAGCUCCACCUGGAACUUGCAAGAAGUGACUUGGAUGAAGAUUUCAUGUCCGACGAAGAUAUCACCUCCAGGAGCCAGUUUCCAGAGAGCUGGUUGUGGCAAGUGGAGCAGCUUACUGAGCGACCAAAUGAACUGGGAAUUUCUUCCAAGACGGUGCCUAUUUUCCUGAAGGAUUCCAUCACCACCUGGGAAGUCCUGGCUGUGAGCCUUUCAGAGACCAAAGGGAUCUGUGUGGCUGACCCCUAUGAGAUAACAGUAAUGAAAGAUUUUUUCAUCGACCUCCGGCUGCCCUACUCUGUAGUGAGGAAUGAGCAGGUGGAAAUCCGGGCUAUUCUCUACAACUAUCGGGACCAACCAAUUAAGGUCCGGCUGGAGCUGCUGUACAACCCAGUUUUCUGCAGCGCAUCCACUUCCAAGGCUAAAUACCGGCAGAUCCUUGACAUCAAAGCCAAGUCCUCCCUGGCCGUGCCAUUAGUGAUUGUCCCGCUGCAGCUGGGAUCUCAUGACAUUGAGGUCAAGGCAGCAGUGUGGGGCAGUUUUGUGUCUGAUGGCGUGAAGAAGAAACUGAAGGUUGUGGUAGGUAUCAGGCAAUUCCGGGAAGGCAGGAGUGACCGUGAUGUGAUUGAUUCUGCCCUCAGGCUGACGGCCUACGUGGCGAAGGUCUUUGCCAUGGCUAAGAAACUGGUGCCCAUUGAAAACCAAGUUAUCUGUGGGGCAGUGAAAUGGCUGAUCCUGGAAAAGCAGAAACCAGAUGGGGUCUUCCAAGAAGAUGCCCCCGUAAUCCAUGGAGAGAUGGUGGGAGGGUACAAGGGUGCAGAGCCUGAUGUCUCUUUAACGGCUUUUGUGCUGAUUGCCUUGGAAGAGGCCAAGGACAUCUGCAAGGAUCAAGUCAACAGUUUGGAAGGCAGCAUCAGCAAAGCCGCUGACUACUUAGCUGAAAGGUACCAGUCUCUAACCAGACCUUACACUGUGGCUCUUGCGUCCUAUGCCUUAGCGAUGGUGGGGACACUGAACACCGAGAAGGCGCUCAUGAGAGCUUCGACAGGGGGAAAUCGCUGGGAAGAGCGGAACGCCCGCACCUUCAACAUUGAGGGCACCUCGUACGCCUUGCUGGCCUUGCUGAAAAUGAAGAAGUAUGAGUUGACUGGUCCCAUAGUCAGAUGGCUGAGAGAGCAGAACUACUACGGCGGGGGAUAUGGAUCUACCCAAGCGACCAUCAUGGUGUUCCAGGCUCUUGCGCAGUACCAGAUAGACGUUCCGCAGCACAAAGACCUGAAUUUGGAUGUUUCUAUUCUCCUGCCGCGCCGUGCUAGUCCGAUAAACUACAAAAUCGUAAACCAGAAUGCUCUGGUGGCCAGAACAGCAGAGACCAAAUGGAAUGAAGACUUCACUGUGAAGGCAGAAGGGACUGGACAAGGGACCUUAACCGUAAUGACGAUCUAUAAUGCAAAGCUACGGGAGGAUGAGUCUCAGUGUAAGAAGUUUGACCUGAGGGUAUCGGUCGAAGAAGCCCGGGGUGUUAAGAAGCCGGAAGGAGCGAUGCGUUCAGUCUAUAUUAAAAUCUGCAUCAGGUUCCUCGGUGUGGUUGAUGCCACAAUGUCCAUCAUCGAUGUCUCCAUGCUCACUGGCUUCUCACCGGACGUGGAGGAUCUUAAGAGACUUUCCCAAGGGGUCGACAGAUACAUUUCCAAGUAUGAAAUCGACAAAGCCCCGUCCGACAGAGGCAACCUCAUGAUCUACCUGGACAAGGUUUCUCACAGAGAGGAUGAAUGCCUGCAGUUUAAAGCUCACCAGUUUUUCGAAGUUGGUCUCAUUCAGCCGGCAUCCGUCACAGUCUACGACUAUUACAGCAUAGAUGAUCGGUGCACCAAGUUCUACCACCCGUCUAAGCAGAGCGGGCUCUUCAAUAAGAUCUGUCAUGGGGAAGUCUGCCGCUGUGCAGAAGAAAGCUGCUUCAUGCAGCAGAAGUUAGAGGGUCCCAUCACCCUGAACAAGCGAAUGGAGGAAGCCUGCGAACCUGGAGUGGAUUAUGUGUAUAAAACCAGGCUUGUUAGCAGUGAAGAAGUGGGCGGUUCUGACUACUACACCAUGAAAAUUUUGGAAAUCAUUAAAGCAGGGACUGAUGAAAAUCCACAAGGAAAAACCCGCCAAUUCAUCAGCCAUAUAAAAUGCAGGGAGUCUCUGAGGCUGGAGCGUAACAAAGACUACUUGAUCUGGGGACUCAGCACCGACUUGUGGCCCAGGAAAGCUGAGCUAUCCUACAUCAUUGGCAAGGACACCUGGAUCGAGAAGUGGCCCAACGAGGAAGAUUGCCAGGAGCCGGAUUUCCAGAGCCUCUGCCAGGAAUUCCUUGAGUUCUCUGAAGCCAUGACCAUGUUUGGCUGCCCAACCUAAACUUGGACCCAGCUUUCCCAGCCGCCCCCAGGGGACAGUUUGAGCUGAGACGGAGCAUAACACUCAGGUGGAGACAUCUCCACUCAGAGUCCCAAUGCUGCUGACACUCGCCACUAGCCCUGUCCUCUUUGGGGGUUUUGCUCUCUUUUCUUCUUAUUGUUUCUAUAUAUAUAUAAAAGGCUGAUUUCUUA